CUUCUCCUCGCGCCUGGGCGGCCUGGUCCGCGGCGUCACCGCCCUCACCUCCAAGCACGAAGAAGAGAAAUUAAUCCAGCAGGAACUGAAUAGUCUGAAGGCAACUGUUUCUGCUCCUACUACAACACUGAAAAUGAUGAAGGAAUGUAUGGUGAGACUUAUAUAUUGUGAAAUGCUUGGAUAUGAUGCUUCCUUUGGCUAUAUACAUGCAAUCAAGCUAGCCCAACAAGGAAACCUCUUAGAAAAAAGAGUAGGUUAUCUGGCUGUGUCUUUAUUUCUCCAUGAAAGUCACGAAUUGUUGCUUCUCCUGGUGAAUACGGUGGUAAAGGAUCUUCAGAGCACUAACCUGGUAGAAGCUUGUAUGGCACUUACUGUUGUCAGCCAGAUUUUCCCUCGAGAGAUGAUCCCAGCUGUUCUCCCACUAAUAGAAGAUAAACUCCAACAUUCUAAGGAGAUUAUACGAAGAAAAGCUGUGCUGGCACUGUACAAAUUCCAUCUCAUCGCUCCUAACCAAGUGCAGCACAUCCACAUUAAGUUUCGGAAAGCGCUUUGUGACAGAGACGUGGGGGUCAUGGCUGCUUCUCUGCACAUAUACCUUAGGAUGAUUAAGGAGAAUUCGUCUGGAUAUAAAGACCUGACUGGGAGUUUUGUAACAAUCUUAAAGCAAGUAGUUGGAGGAAAGCUCCCAGUAGAUUUCAAUUACCACAGCGUGCCAGCACCAUGGUUACAAAUUCAGCUCUUAAGAAUACUAGGACUUCUAGGAAAAGACGACCAAAGGACAAGUGAACUAAUGUAUGAUGUUCUUGAUGAAUCCUUACGAAGAGCUGAGUUAAAUCACAAUGUCACUUAUGCUAUUCUGUUCGAAUGUGUUCAUACAGUUUACUCCAUUUAUCCCAAGGCAGAAUUACUUGAGAAGGCUGCCAAAUGCAUUGGAAAAUUUGUUCUGUCACCUAAAAUAAAUCUGAAAUACUUAGGACUGAAAGCUCUUACCUAUGUUGUCCAGCAGGACCCCAGCCUGGCUCUUCAGCACCAGAUAACCAUAAUCGAGUGCUUAGACCAUCCUGAUCCAAUGAUUAAAAGAGAGACUCUGGAACUUCUUUACAGAAUUACAAAUUCACAGAAUGUAACAGUUAUUGUCCAGAAAAUGCUUGAAUAUUUACAUCAGAGCAAAGAAGAAUAUAUCAUUGUCAACUUAGUUGGCAAAAUAGCUGAGCUGGCUGAGAAAUAUGCUCCCGAUAAUGCAUGGUUUAUUCAGACAAUGAACGCUGUGUUUUCAGUAGGGGGAGACGUAAUGCACCCUGACAUCCCUAGUAACUUCCUGAGACUGCUAGCAGAAGGUUUUGAUGAUGAAAUGGAAGAGCAGCAGUUAAGACUCUAUGCAGUUCAGUCUUAUCUCAAUUUAUUAGAUAUGGAAAAUGUAUUUUACCCACAGAAAUUUCUUCAAGUUAUGAGUUGGGUGUUGGGAGAGUAUUCUUACCUCUUAGAUAAAGAAAAGCCAGAGGAAGUUAUAAGCAGGCUGUAUAAGUUACUUAGGAAUCAGUCCGUUUCUUCCGAAACGAAAGCCUGGUUGAUUGCUGCAGUGACCAAGUUGACAGCUCGAGCACAGGCUUCUGAUACAGUGGAGAGGUUAAUCGAGGAAUUUUCCGCGUCCUUGGAUACAUGUAUGCGACAGCACGCAUUCGAAUUGAAGCAUUUGCACGAGAAUGUGGCAGUGAUGAGGAGCUUGCUUCCCGUCAGUAAGAGCUGUGAAGACAUGGUGGUAGAUGCUUCCUUAUCUUUUCUGGAUGGUUAUGUGGCUGAAGGACUCAGCCAGGGGGCAGCACCCUACAAACCUCACCACCAACGCCAGGAGGAAAAGCUUUCUCAGGAAAAAGUUCUCAACUUUGAGCCAUAUGGACUGUCCUUCUCUUCAUCUGGUUUCACUGGACGGCAGUCUCCGGCUGGCAUUUCUCUCGGUUCAGAUGUAUCUGGGAAUAGUGCUGAGACAGGGCUGAAAGAGGCAAACGGCUUGAAGCUGGAAGGUGUGAAGAAACUGUGGGGGAAGGAGGGCUAUCUUCCCAGGAAGGAGAGCGCAGCGGGGCAGGAAGUGGAGGCCCCUCCCGGGGCCCCGGGGAUCUCUGCCUCGGAGAACUUAGACCGCGUGGCAGCCAGAAGGACUCAAGCUCAGGCCCUCACCCAGUCUAAAGAAGAGAAGGAGAAGCAGCUGCUGGCGUCGUCGUUGUUUGUUGGGCUAGGAUCAGAAAGUGCGAUCAGUUUGUUAGGAAAAGCAGACACCGUUUCUCAUAAGUUCAGAAGAAAAUCAAAAGUCAAGGAGGCCAAGAGUGGAGAAGCAAGCAGUGCCCAUAAUCUGACUUGUUCUUCUCUGGAUUCUCUGUCAAACACGGCUUGUGAAGACAACGCUUACUUGACUACACUGCAGGAUGGAGAAGAUGCAAAAUCAAAGGACUUUCCCCUCAGCUCAGAGCUUUCGGAUUCAGAGUCCUUGUCCGAACUGCCUUUGGCUGAGAAACUCUCCGACUUCAGCCUGUCUGCACCUUCUUUGUUUGCUGACAGCGACAUGGAAAUUUUUCAGCCCCUUUCGUCUGCUGCAGCGUCAGUGACCACAGACACCACCUCAGCCUCUUGUUUUUUGGAAGAAACUACAGAGGACACAUGUUCAGGUUGUGUGGAGGUCUGUAGUGAUGAAACUGUGUCUGUGUCCUCCUACAAACUCUGGAAAGAUGACUGUUUACUGAUGGUCUGGUCAGUCAGUAGCAAGAGUGGUUCCGAGGUGAAAGGUGCUAACUUAGACAUUUUUCCUGCGCAAAACUUCAAGAUCAGUAAGCACCCUGGAUGCUGUUUGCCUGUAACGGAAGCAGGAAGCACCAGAAAUUUUCAGUAUAGCCUGCAGAUGGAAAAGUCUUUUACAGAAGAGAAUCUCUCUGGUUUUGUCAAUUAUCAAAUGGUGGAUACUCAUUCUGUUCAGCUGGAAUUUUCUGUAAACUUAUCACUAUUAGAUUUCAUUAGGCCGUUAAAGAUCUCAACUGAAGACUUUGGUAAACUGUGGUUAUCCUUUGCAAAUGACGUGAAGCAAAAUAUAAAAAUAUCAGAAUCUCAAGCUGCUUUGCCUUCUGCCCUAAAAACGCUACAGCAGAAACUGAGGCUUCAUGUGGUUGACAUCCAAGGCGAUGAAGGGCUGUUGGCCUGUCGGCUGCUUCCGUCCACCUCCAGCCUCCUGCACUGCCGAGUUCAUGGCGACGGAUUAGCACUGUGGUUCAGGUCCUCCUGCCCCGCUCUUCUGGACUAUUUAUCCUGUCAGUGUCAAAAGGCGAUGGAGGGGUCCUAGCAGAGCCUCUGCACCCUGUCAAGAUGAAUGGUUUACACAGAUAAACUUAAUCACCAAAGCUGAAGAACUCGUACUUCUCUUGAAAAUGGGGAUCAUUACAAAUUGUGAAUUAUGUGUUUUCCUACAGAUUCUCGGUCAAGAACAAUCCCCAAGAAAGUUUAUCCUUAAACUUUACUCAGGAUUGUACAGUAUGUUUGGGUCCAUAAAAGAGACCUAAGCUAAUGUUAUAAAAUGCUAAUGAUUUAUAUAUCCCUUAGUAUAGAGGUACUGAAAAAUAUUUAUUUUGUUAUAAAUAAUUUUAUAGCAAGUUUACUCUAAUACUAGCUAAUUUGUAAUAAAGACAAGACCCAGUUCUCUGUAUUGAUGGAGCAGAGACUUGAAAUGGAUCAUCCCAAACCUAACCAGGGGCUUGGCUUUGGAAUGCAGUGUGUUGUGCAUCUGUGUUUUGCUUGGAUGACCGUUGACCUAGGUUGGCAUAGCUCACGCUCGCGGUUGUAGGACAUCCACAAGCAUGCUGGAUACUGGGGAGAGAGUCAAUCUGUGGUAUAUUUUGUACUGUGGACAAUUUAUAAUGCAUAAUUCGAGAUAAUUUGGCUGUAAAAUUUUCCAUUUCAAAACUUAAACUGAAUCACUGUAUUCUUAUUUAAAACUAGAGCAUUUGCAACCUAUUUCUGUGUAGACACAGACCCCUGUGAGAAGCACACAGAUGAAAAGGGCUUUCCGAGUGGCUGGAAUCUCCGUCAGUGGUCGCUGGGGAGAUAUCAGGGCUGUCUGCCUCGGUCUUUGAAUCUUGUCCUCAGGGAUCCAGCUGAAGCAGUGACUGGCCGAGUAGACCACGUUCACGCUGCAGCUCUGCCUGUGUGGGACGGAAGAAGCUCUGCCUAAUCUGAGUGAUGGACCAAAACCUGAAGCAUGUACCUCAGCUAAAGUAGUGUUUUAUAGACCCUUGUGGUGCUGCAGAAAAUAGUCCUUAAUUUGCAUCUUCUGACAUCACCACGGAGACAGCACGGGUAACAGUGUGAAGUCAGUGCCGCAUCUCCACUGGGCAGCGUUCUGCUUGUAAAUCACCUCGUCACUCGUGCCCGGCACAGGCGCCGCGAGUGUCUCGGCGAGGGAGCUUUCAGGAGUCAGUGCUGUGCACAACACAAAUGCACUGUUUUGGGACUGGUUUUUAAGGUACACGUUUUACUUUACUUUUUUUUUGUUUUUUUUUAGUUUAUGGGUACAUUUUAGGUCUACAGUACAGUUA